UAUAAGAAUAGGAUACUAAAAGGAUGUGAGCUUAUAAAACAUGCUUACAUAUAUCAGUGCUAGAUUUUUUUUUUUAAAAGGCAUUUUUUUAACAAUUUCCAAUUGCACAUAAGUCCCAUCACAGAUGCAUUUAUUAUAUGCUCAGGUUAAGGGGGGGAAGGAAUUCAGUAGAAGCAGGGAUGGGAAAAUAUAAGCUACCAUGUCCUGAGUGCAUUCCUAGAACUAGGUUCUGAUAACUGUCUUUUGGACUAUUUCACAUAAUCCUUAUUACAAUCUUGUAAGAUGAUUAUUAUGAUUGUCAUUUCAGAGAUGAGGACACUGAAUCACAGAGACAUUAAUAACUUUCCCAUGGCCAUACACAGGCAUUCAGAUAGACAGCAUACACAGAAAUGGCCCUUUCUCCAUGGCAGGCUGAAAGAGGACACAAAAGACUCAAGCCAGGAAUAACCUAUGCCGAACCCUCCCCUCAGUCAUCCCCGAGUAUUUCCUGACACGUAUUUUUGCUCACAGUCCAUCACAACUAAAGAAUGGGGCUCAACCUGACACUUGCAAAAUUACCAGAUAAUGAGCUGCCCAGCCAAGGGAGUCACGCUCCAAGUAACAUGAGCUAUGGACCCGGGAAGAACACAACUGUUAACAACGAAUUUGACACUAUCGUCUUGCCUGUGCUUUACCUCAUUAUAUUUGUGGCAAGCAUCUUGCUGAAUGGUCUAGCCGUGUGGAUCUUCUUCCACAUUAGGAAUAAAACCAGCUUCAUAUUUUAUCUCAAAAACAUAGUGGUUGCUGACCUCAUAAUGACGCUAACAUUUCCAUUUCGAAUAGUGCAUGAUGCAGGAUUUGGACCUUGGUACUUCAAGUUUAUCCUCUGCAGAUACACUUCAGUUUUAUUUUAUGCAAACAUGUACACUUCCAUCGUAUUUCUUGGGCUCAUAAGCAUCGAUCGCUAUCUGAAGGUGGUAAAGCCAUUUGGGGACUCUCGCAUGUACAGCAUAACUUUCACGAAGGUCUUAUCUAUUUGUGUUUGGGUGAUCAUGGCUGUUCUGUCCUUGCCAAACAUCAUUCUAACAAAUGGCCAACUAACCAAGGAAAAUAUUCAUGACUGCAUGAAACUUAAAAGUCCCUUGGGAGUCAAAUGGCACGAAGCCGUCAUUUACGUCAACAGCUGCUUGUUCGUGGCUGUGCUGGUGAUCCUGAUUGGAUGUUACAUAGCCAUAUCCAGGUACAUCCAUAAAUCCAGCAGGCAAUUUAUAAGCCAGUCAAGCCGAAAGCGGAAACAUAACCAGAGCAUACGUGUGGUUGUGGCAGUGUUCUUCACCUGCUUUCUACCCUAUCACUUGUGCAGAAUUCCUUUCACUUUCAGUCACUUAGACAGACAUUUAGAUGAAUCUGCACACAAAAUUCUGUAUUACUGCAAAGAAAUGACACUUUUCUUAUCUGCGUGCAAUGUGUGCCUGGAUCCAAUAAUUUACUUUUUCAUGUGUAGGUCAUUCUCAAGAAGGCUAUUCAAGAAAUCAAAUAUCAGAACCAGGAGCGAAAGCAUCAGGUCACUGCAAAGUGUCAGAAGAUCGGAAGUCCGCAUAUAUUAUGAUUACACAGAUGUGUAGGAGUUAGAGGCCACGAAGCCUCCUAAUUUGUUUAAGUCAAAGUGUACAGAAUGUAAAUAAAUGUUUCUUUUGAUUAUCCU